UAUAUUAAAAAUUAAUAAAAAUAUAAAUGCGGGUUUGAAUACGAUACACUUAAAGUUUUUUCAGUGGACAAAAGUAUCUAUUUGCGGGGAAAGAAAACAAGGAGGCAUUUUUAGUUAGUGAAGUAGUCGGUCGGUUGAUUAAUUGGCUUUCAGCGUGUACCGUAUCUUCUCAUAUUGUCCGCUAUAUCAAUAAUUGGUUUCCUUUUCUAUCGUGUGUGAGCAGGAGAACUGGUGUUGUGUUUUAAGUACAACAGUGUUGCCGCUAUCGGAGAAAAUUAAGAUGGAGGAGGAUAGAAAUAAAAUGAGCAGUUCCGAAGAAGUCUCUUGGGUAACAUGGUUUUGUGGGCUGCGCGGCAAUGAAUUCUUUUGUGAGGUUGAUGAGGAUUAUAUACAAGAUAAAUUUAAUUUAACCGGAUUAAAUGAACAAGUUCCCAAUUAUAGAAAUGCUCUUGAUAUGAUCCUUGAUCUCGAGCCAGAAGACGAUCUGGAAGAGAAUCAACUGCAAUCAGAUAUGACGGAACAGGCAGCAGAAAUGCUGUACGGCUUGAUACAUGCCCGAUACAUUUUGACAAAUCGCGGAAUUGCGCAAAUGAUCGAAAAAUACCAAACUGGUGAUUUUGGACAUUGCCCACGUGUAUAUUGUGAAAGCCAGCCCAUGUUACCUUUAGGUCUAUCAGAUAUACCUGGUGAAGCUAUGGUAAAAACCUAUUGCCCCAAAUGUAUUGAUGUAUAUACGCCAAAAUCGUCGCGUCAUCAUCACACGGAUGGUGCUUACUUUGGCACGGGAUUUCCACACAUGCUCUUCAUGGUUCAUCCUGAAUAUCGUCCUAAGCGGCCGACUAAUCAAUUUGUUCCAAGACUUUAUGGCUUCAAAAUUCAUAGCUUAGCUUAUCAAAUUCAACUACAGGCAGCAGCCACCGUUAAAAUGCCACUUCGAGCGCGGACUCAACAGAAAGACGAGGAAGAAAGUAACACUAACAACAUGGGGGAACAGGCGUAUCUUAAUCUGAAACAGGAAUAAAUUUAUAAACGCAAAUAUUGAGAUUGGCCACAAUCGGGCAAAUACCUAUGAAUGCAAAAUAUGAUAUGCAGGCAGGCGGUGGUGGGGUGAUGGAUAAUAAAGCGAGUCGUAUCGUACCUUUUUAUUCAUUUCACACACAUUUCCAUUUUAAAUAUUUACAAUAAAAGUAACAAACAAGAAACCUAAACACACUAAACAAAAUUGAAGCCAACGGAAGCGCUGAAUAGACGUGCAACAACAUUUCCGGUUUUCGCUUCGUACAACUUAAAUGUUUGAAAAUUAGUAUGUCGAUUGAAAAGCAGCACUAGAAUUAUUUUUUUAGAAAAAAAAUAUACAUACACACAUGUACACAAUAUACACACAAACACGUACAUACAUACAUACAUACAUUUGGAUCAAGCAAAUCAUAUUCGUUUGCCUGAUUAAUACUAAAACACUUAUAUUUAGUAAAUUUUAAUAAAAUAUUUAGCCUUUUUACUAUCCAUAAGCAACAAUUACAAUAAAUUGUAAUUAAGUAUAAAUGAA